AUGACAUCUAGGGCUCUCUGCAACUACAAGAUGAUUGACGUUAUGAAAAGCGUAGCCCCCCGAGUAUCAACACAGGAAGCGGCCACCACCUCCUAUGUGUUUUCCCUUUUUGCGUUUUUUCUUUUUUUAAAUCAACUCUGCUGUUGUUGCUGCUGCUUAGCAAAACGGCAGACAGCCGGAGCGGGUGGAAGGGCCGCCCUUUUCUUCGUAGCCUCCAAGGGAGCGGGAACAAAAAAACGAAACCAAAACCUGCCUGCUCGCUCCUCUCCCCAUCCCCCGCGUUCCGCUGGUUGUGGGCUUCCUGCGGCCGCCGAGGGCGCGUCUCUCCUCCGCCAUGUUGCAGAGAAUGUCAUCAGACAAAAGAAACACCGGCUAGCAAGGAAGGCUAGACAUGCUGAACUCACAGUCUCUCAUUUUAGUGACAAGAUCUUCAGCUCUGUAAAUGCCAUCCUUGAUCUUUCUGUAUUUGGGAAAGAAGUUACUCUAGAAACUCUGGUAAAGGACCUGAAAAAAAAAAUCCCGAGUUUAAACUUCAGUCCUUUGAAACCCAAUGGAAGAAUCUCCGUGGAAGGAUCAUUUCUGGCUGUCAAGAGGCUCAAAGAAUCUUUGCUAGUAAGAGCAUGUUCUCUCUUAGAAAAAGACAGAAAUUUUACCAGUGAGGGAAGAAAGUGGAAUAGACAAAAUCCCCAAAGGAGUCUACAGAGAAGUAAUAACCCUUUGGCAUCAGUCAGGACUUUAGUACCUGAGACUGCUAGAAGUGGAGAAAUGCUUGUGCUUGACACAGAUGUUUUUCUUUACCUGCACCACAAGUGUAGAUCUUACGAAAGCACACUGAAAAAAUUCUGCAUUCUGAGUCAGGAGAAAGUGGAUGGUGAAAUCACCACAAUUUGUCUAAAAAACAUUCAAGUUGGUUCUCAGCCAAACAAUGCAAAACAUGUAAAAGAGCUCAUUGAGGAAUGGUCACAUGCUCUUUACUUAAAGCUUAGAAAAGAGACAUUUAUUUUGGAAGGAAAGGAAAAGAAAGAGAAAAGAAUGAUCAAAUGGGCAUGUGAACAAUUAAGUUCGAGAUAUCCUGAAGUCCUGAUUAACUUUUAUAGGACACACGUUGACAUUAUAGGAUCUUCUUCUGACACUUACCUGUUUAAAAAAGGGGUCAUGAAAUUAAUAGGGCAAAAGGUUAGUUAAUGAAAUCUCAGCAAUAUAGUCAUAAGGGCUGCUUUCCCUUGCUGAGCAGUGACCAUUGCCAUGAAUGAGGCUAGCUUUACACACCCUAUCUCAUUAAUCCUUAUGCUCAUCCUUCAUUGUCAGUGUUGACUAUUCUCAUGUUAUAGUGGAAGAAACUAGGAUUUGGAGAAGUUAAAACACUUUUCUGAAGUUAUCCAGUUGACAAGGAAUGAGGCUGUGGCUUAGCCCAGUCUAUCUGAUUAUACAGAUAAUAUCUAAGGAAUAAAACUUUGAAAAAAAACUCACCAAA